AUGUUUACUCAAGCUCAAGCCAUAGAAGUGGUUGCAUCGACCAUUCCUAUGGAUGGUUUUGAUUUUAAGUCAUACGAAGCACUCAAAGAUCUAGACAACAGUGUGUUAAUCGAUUGUAUUGGAUAUCUUUCUGGAAUAUUAUCAACUGGUCAAUUUAUUAGAGAUGGUAACCCCCAAAAAAUGAUCAAUAUUCAACUAGAGGAUUUGCAGAAAAAUUUCUUGAGUUGCACUUUGUGGAAUCAAUAUGCUGAUCAAUUGACAGAAUACUUAUCUAAUCAUCCAAAUUGUCAAGUUUUUAUUGCCAUCCAGUAUGCAAAAAUCAAGACUUUUCAUGAGAUAAAUGAUUUUAAAAAGAGAUUUGGGAGUGAAGGAAAGACUUUUUCAGAAAUGGUGGAACAAAUAAGUAGUCACAUCUCUCAGAAAAAUGAAAACGAGUUCUUGAAAAAAUCGGUGAGGAAACAUGUUGAUGAGAUUCUUGAAAUGCAGGAGGUGAGAACAUUAGUAUUGUUGGCAACUGUAGCCACAAUCGACUCUAUUGAGCUUGAGAAUGGUUGGUUCUACCUUGCAUGUAAGAAAGACUACAAGAAAGUUCAAGAUCAAAAAAUUGAUGAGCUAACGAAGUUUUGGUGCGAAAAGUGCAAUAAUUAUGUAGAUCCCGUUCCAAGGUUCAAACUUCAAGUAAGGGUGAUGGAUGAAUCAGGAAGUGCUUCAUUUGUUAUUUUUGAUCGCGAGGUGGUACAAAUCUUAGGAAAGUCUGCAUUACAUAUAAGAGAAUGCCAAAUUAAGGUAUACUUAGUUCAUAUGGGAUUGUUCCUGAUGGAAAUAAGGAUGACAAUUAAUGACGAUUCAGUGCCUAAAGAUUUAAAAGAAUUACUGGACCGGAAGUUUUUAUUUAAAGUUAAAGUUACAGAUUAUAACUUUAAGCAAAGCUGCCCAUUAUUCACGGUAACAAAGAUGUCUGAUGAUGUAGACCUUAUAAAGACAUUCCAAGAUGUAGAGGAUCCUAAUGAGGUUAUGGAGCAUGAAGAACAACUAGAUGUGACUUCAAAAUCUGUCAACCAUUGCAAGGAUACUAACACAGAGAAGAAUGUACUCAACAAUGACAAUGAGAAUAUGGAUGACAAUUGUGAGGAACUUUGUAUCACUCCAAACCAUAAAAGAAGCUUUGAAGAGUUGGGGUGCACAAGCUCGAAAGGGCAUAUUACAUCAUCUGAGUUUUCUACUAAUAAAACUCAGCGAAAGAUUGUCGUCAAAAAAGAGAAGAACUAA